UACACCUGCUAGAAAUCUAAACUGCAGGUCCAGUUCUGUGCGCAGGUGCCCCGUUGCCAUGGUGACGAGCACACAAGCGGCGGUGCUGUUGAUGCCUCUGCGUCAUCAGCCUGCGUGGAGAAAACCCUCAACGGACAAACACGACGUUAUAUCAAAGAUGUGUGAGGGACCUUCAACCAUAUCUGGGCCAAUCCCCCCGGAUCCUUCUCUGUUUCCUCAGUACUACAGACGACCUGCUUCAGCACGUGGCCGUUUAGAAGGAAACCACGACGGAACUUUGGCCCUUCUCUCGGGGCCACUCGCUCCAGAUGCUGUGUUGUACCCCGGCUGCUACAGUGCUCGUACCCCAGCACACCCUCCCCGUAUCGGCUCUAAUGCUGCUCAUAUUCUGGAACGAGGACGGAGAGGGGUAGUGGGGGAGCUGCUCAAACUAGACGGUCUCGCCAUCACCCCUGUUCCCAAACAGAAGCAGCGGGUACAUGACUUUGGUAAAGAGAAUGUACGUCGGCUCAGGGAGAUCCAGAGACGCUGCAAGGAGCAGGAGGCUGAGAGAGCACACUCACGUCCGGUUCCAGUCAAAGCUCUUUGGACCUCCUCCAAAUACCAGAAUGUCCCGUCCAGGGUGAUGGUCCAACUACAGGUUUCUAGUCCAACAUCUAAACCACAGUGUCAAAACUUUCUGAAGGGCCACUCUACUGCCCCACCAAGGUCGCGCUCCAAAACCUCUCCUGUAGCUUUACAACGCCCGGCCUCCUGCAACUCUAUACUGGACCAGAACUUGCAAUUACAGGUGCAAGGCCAGACGAUAGACUUCGUAAAACACAAUGCCCGGUAUGCUGGAAAGACUGUGCUGCGUCGGUCCCAGUCACUGACAAACCUUAGAGAGAAGCCUGUCCCCUGUGCAGUCAAGGGACAGGUGCCUCAGUAUCUUGAGGAAAGGAAGGAGCAGUGGCAUAAAGAGGCGGAGGAGAGGAGGAGGAACGCACCUGAUCCCACAGUCCCAGCUGGUCACACCCUGAUGCCUGAGAGUGAGAGACAGGAGACUCUGAAGUCCCUCAAAGAGAGCCACCGCUCCCUUGUGACUGAGCUGCUGUCCCUCCCUCUCAAAGCUGACAAUCUGAGUGUUCGAGAACGUCGGGCUCAUCUCGAUUGUAGGCUCUCUGAAAUCGAGGAGGCCAUUAAAAUCUUCUCCAGGGACAAAGUUUACAUAAAAAAAGAUUCCUAACACAUGAGGAGGAGGGAGCGGAGGAGAUGGUCCUGCUUUAUUGAGAUUCAUUUUUAUUUUGUAGUUGCAUUAUGUAACAUAACGCUGAACCUUGUAAAGUAGAUGAUUGUUUAGAC